ACCGCUCCCUGUUCGUAAAAACCAAGAGCGUUAUUUGGCAAUCUGGAUUUUUUUUCCCUCGGCCCGGACAAUAAAUAAGAGCGAGGUUUUUUCCGGGUGUUUUUUCUCUUCCCCCUUCUUGUCAUCGUCGUGCCAUUAGGAUUUAGCCCUCUAGGAUAAAGUCAAGCAGAUUUAAUUUAUUUGAGAGGCCAACCACCAUGAAGGAAUACAAUCACUGCGCAACGGAAGAGUACAGAGUGGAGACGAAGAAAUCGAAGAAGAGAUGUAAACGAUGGCCUUUGCUAGUCGUCAUCAUCAUCGUCACUGUCAUCAUACUUGUCGCUAUCACCCUCGCAGUCAUUUAUACAAGAAGGUCAUCAGAUUCAGAAUAUUACGAUAUAGACAGAGUCUCCGCACUCGGCUCUAUACGGAUUGUCAAUAAAAAUUUCACAUCGGAACUGAAUGAGAGCUUUUCAACCGAGUAUGUAGAGUUGGAAUCCGCCUUCAUUUUAACGAUGGAUGCAGUCUUUAUGGACAGUCGUCUUGCGAGCAGUUAUAAUGCAACAACGGUCGAUGGUUUUCGGUCAGGGAGUGUGAUUGUUAUGUUCAAGAUAAUCCUGACAGACAUUCCGCCUAAGUUCAUUGCUCUUCCAUUCACAUCCAACAACCGAGUCAAAACCAAAGAACACAUCAGACAUAUUAUCAACAAGACGAUUCAUCUUCACGCUGCUGGUGCAGGAACCCAAGUAGGAAUCGAAAUGGAUUUAAGUUCGCUUAUCAUUCAUGAAGUUUCUUUACAGCGCGAUGAAGAAAUCGAAGAAAACCUAAAGUGCGAUAUUCCAACAGAAGACGUAUAUACCUACCUUAAAGAAGGCGACAUCAUAAAUGUUACAUCGCCAUGUUAUCCCGAGCUCGUCAUGCUCGGCAACGGAAUCAGCAGGGUCUUCGUAGCACCCGAGGGAAACAGGAUUAAAAUCUCAUUUUCCGAGUUCAGAUUCGAAGACGAGGGAGAGUACCUUUAUCUCGGUAGUGAGCGAGAGCCCGACGUCGUGGGGACGUUCAUCGCCCGAUUCACCGGCUACGACCUCCCACCCGAUAUGAUGAGUGCGGGCUCGGGAUUGUGGAUACGCGGAUGGUCCUAUAAUGGGAUCAUUGGUGGUCUUUUCGACGCCCAGAUUACCGUCAUCAAGAACGAAAUGGUUGACUUCGAUUGUCCACCCGACACAGAGCCUUGUCGGUACGCCCUCAGGUGUUACUCAGAAGCAGAUCAGUGCGAUGGCCAUACAACGUGUCCAAGUGGUACCGAUGAGUUAGGUUGUGAUUGCUAUCCUCCUCUGUCGUACUUCAAGUGUUCAGACGGCCGUUGUCUUUCUCGCCAGUACAUAUGUAACGGACCUCAAGGGUGUUCAGACGACGAGGCGUACUGCGGUUUUACCUGUCCAAAUGGGAAGAACAUAACAGAUGUAUUCAUGUGCGAUGGUUUCAACGACUGUGGGGACUUUGCGGACGAGCGGCAAAAUUGUUCAUGUGAUCAGGAAGAUCAAUGGCAAUGCCCGGAUGGAACGUGCAUCUACAAAAACAAUGUAUGUGACGGGUUUCCUCACUGCCCAGGAGGGGACGAUGAGACAGACUGUCAAUGUGAAAGCUGGCAGUUUACAUGUGGGGACCGUACAUGUAUUCCGUACUGGGAGCGUUGUGAUGGUAAUACUACGUGUGCAGAUAACAGCGAUGAACAAAACUGUCCAAAGUGCCCAGGGCGACUUUUCCAAUGUGCCUCGUUUCAGUGCCUCUCAAAAGACCUUAUAUGUAACGGUGAAAAAGAAUGCUUUGGCGGUGAUGAUGAACAAGAUUGUCCUCCUCCAGCCGAGUGUUUAGAAGGUGAAUUUGCGUGUGACAACGGAAAGUGUCUCCGGUCCAGCUUGGCGUGUGACGGGAUACCUCAGUGUAUCAAUGGAACCGAUGAAGCAUAUUGUGACGACGACGAAGAUUGUGAGUUUCGCUGUGAUGACGGAGAGUGUAUUCCAAUUGAAUGGAUUUGUGACGGCGUCGCAGAUUGUAUCGAAGGCGAGGACGAACCCGACUGCGACCAGGUAGAGCCUGAACCCUGUGAGGACGGGUUUUUUCGCUGUCCGGAUCGAGAAUGUAUCCCGGAUAUCUUCGUUUGCAAUGGUAUCCGAGAUUGUAGGGGCAGUGCUGAUGAGCAGAACUGUACUGAAAAUGCAACAGAUCUCUGCCGAAAUUUCGUCGAAGAUGACUACUUCGUUUGUGAUGGAAAGGAGGACUGCCCUCAUGGAGACGACGAGAAAAAUUGUCCAGUUUGUGGAAAGCGACCUGGUCGCCUGCGACGGCGUCGGAUGCUGGCUGGGAGAGAGACAUCGGCAGCUGAGUAUCCGUGGCAAAUAUACUUAGCGUCCCAGAACGAUACUGAGAGUGUGAGUUGUGGAGGGGCGAUAGUCAACCGCCAGUGGAUCAUAACUGCGGCUCACUGCAUAAGUACAUUUCAAAUUGGUAGAAUGGUGGUCAUCACCGGGGUCUCGAACCGAUUCGAGUUCGGCGAGCACGGGCAGCUGGUCCAUAUCGCCGACGUGUACGAACACCCCGACUUCUACUUCAGCGGGUACUACUUGCUGUACGACGUCGCCUUGGUCAAGCUCAGAGAACCAUUGACCAUGACGGACUAUGUUAGACCUAUUUGCCUGCCGGACAGCGGUUUCGAACUGGGACCGGGAACGUAUCUGACAUCAACAGGGUUUGGUGAAACCGGCGCAGGAACCAUAUCUACUCUUUUAAUGGAGACUCGGCUUCCGGUCAUUCCAUCAGAGGUGUGCGUUAGAUGGACAAAACAUACACUAGAAGACGUGUCAAAGGUCAUAUGUGUGGGAUACGAGACUGGAGUGCAGGGACCAUGUUAUGGAGAUUCCGGUGGCCCGCUGGUGGUUGAGAAGGACGGAUCAUGGUACAUCGUCGGUAUCGUUUCGGGUGGGGCCGAGUGCGGUGCCCCCUACAGUCCAAACUUUUACACCCGUGUGACCGAGCUUGUCGAGUGGAUCAAUGACGUCAUCAAUUUACGAUAGCGCCGUGUUCAUCAAAUGGAGAUGCUCUUUGGUUAUUCAAAGAUUCGCCCCAUACGCCCCUGAAAAAAAGUUCGUGAAGUGUUUUAAUCUCGUUCGUUUAUGCGUGCAAGAUUAAAAUAGUUCAGUGCUAGGGUGGGUGUUUAACCCGAUGGGUCCAAAGAUGUUAGGUCGAGGAAAUUUGUCCAACAAGAAGAAAAUGUGGCUUGUGUUACAUAGGUUAAAAAUUCAAUCACUGCCAACGGAAGCUUUAAAUGCGGUCUCGUCAUUCCCCUCCACCUUAAUGCUUUGAGGAAAAUACAGCGCCACUACAAUUAACCGUUUAGUACAAUGGAAAUAAUACUAACAUAUUUUAUCUAUUUUUGUCUAUUCAUAUUUUUAUCUAGAGAGGUAGCAUUGCUUUCCACAGGGGUAAUAAGUAUAUAACCAAAAGGUUUAAGAAUGAAAUCACAGAAAGAAUUAUUAUUGUUUAUACUAGAUAAUGAUUUGAGACAACUACGAAUAAUCUAUCAGAAUAAUGCAAAUUCAAAUCUUUCUUUGAAAAUAGGAGAGAAAAAAAAGGAAUUUAGAAGUAAUCUUGAAACCUAAUAGUUGAACCCAACAACAACACGACAAAUGAGUUUUUGAAAAGAAAUCCAAUAAAAAAAUAAGUAUUUUAUAAAUAGCACUUUUUCCUUGCAGUGACAUCGGAAAAUCCAUAUCGAUAUGUCCGCUUUGAGUAGAAUUUAAAAAAUCGUCGAAAAUAUUCGAAGUCAAAUCGCAGAAUGGAGCACAUAAAUUGGUACCUGUUUGGUCAUAUCUUUUUUAUUAUUAUGUUGAAGUUUUAAACAAUCCAUGUAUUGCAAUGAUUCAGUCCUGGGCUGAGAUAAAAUGCAAAAAAAUUCUCGACGAAGAUGCUCAGCCGAUCACAUGUUUGUUGCCAUUAUUACAUGACGGAAUUGUGAAGAAAUAAAAAGGUACUUCAGCAUUUGCUUAGAUAAGACCAGCCAUGUAUAUACAGUACUUUUCGAACAGUUUAUCCUGACCAUUCCAAUAAUAUUUUUGUCGGUUACGGAGUGUGUAUGUCAUGCCAUCUUUGCCCAUUUACUACUUUAAACUCAAUUUAUUCUGCUACUUUCAUUUUUUGGGUAGUAAAAUCACUGUAUUUAUUUUAAAAGUAUAUUUUACUUGCAUUCUUUUCAGUUCCAUGUAUAAACCUUGUGAAAGGGUAAUCAAGAUUUGAUGAAUUAUAUGACGAUCUUUAUAACCUGCAUUACUUUAGUCGCUUAGGAUGGAUGCCUAUUCAGACACGUUUCCAGUUUGGACGUGCAGUGAUGAUGUAUAAAUCAAUGCAUGACAUGGCACCAACAUACU